GGCACCGCGCCCGGCGGGAGGGGGGGCGCCCACCUCCCCUCCCCCCCGCGCCGGGCAUGCGGGGCCCGCUGGGCACCGAGGAGGAGCUGCCGCGGCUGUUCGCGGACGAGAUGGAGAACGAGGACGAGAUGUCAGAAGAAGAAGAUGGUGGCCUUGGAGGCUUUGAUGACUAUUUCCCUGAGGAGCCUGUGGGCCUUCCCAAGAAGAAGAAAUCCAAGAAGCUCAAGGAGAACAGGUCCAAAGGGAAGCGGAAGAAGAAAGAGCUCCCUCUGGGCCCUGCAUUUGGAACUGUGCUGGCUGCUCCUCACCUCUCCUGCACUUGGAGUGUGGCAAUGCCUUCUUCCCAUCAGAUGGCCAGGUCAACCCUCCCUCAGGCGUUUGCCACAACAGCCUUUUCUGCUGGCAUCAGGUUGCCCAGCUGCCCUGGGAGCAAUGAUGAGCUGUCGGAAAAUGAAGAUGAUCUGGAAGAGAAGUCAGAGAGUGAAGGCAGUGACUACUCCCCCAAUAAAAAGAAGAAAAAAAAGCUCAAGGACAAGAAGGAGAAGAAAGCCAAGCGGAAAAGGAAGGAUGAUGACGAGGAUGAUAAUGAUGAUGGGUGUCUAAAGGAGCCCAAGUCCUCAGGGCAGCUCAUGGCCGAGUGGGGCCUGGAUGACGUGGAGUACCUGUUCUCCGAGGCUGACUACCAUACGCUGACCAACUACAAGGCCUUCAGCCAGUUCCUCAGGCCGCUCAUCGCCAAGAAGAACCCAAAGAUCCCCAUGUCCAAAAUGAUGACUGUUCUGGGUGCCAAGUGGCGGGAGUUCAGUGCCAACAACCCUUUCAAGGGGAGCUCAGCAGCAGCAGCUGCAGCGGCAGUGGCUGCGGCUGUGGAGACAGUCACCAUCGCCCCUCCGCUGGCCGUCAGCCCUCAGCAGCCACCCCAGCCUGUACCCAUCCGCAAGGCCAAGACCAAGGAGGGCAAGGGGCCAGGAGUGAGAAAGAAGAUCAAAGGUUCCAAGGAUGCAAAGAAAAAGGGAAAGGGGAGAAAGGUUGCAGGGCUCAAGUUCCGCUUUGGAGGGAUCAGCAACAAGAGGAAGAAAGGCUCCUCGAGCGAGGAAGAUGAGCGGGAGGAGUCGGACUUGGACAGUGCCAGCAUCCACAGCUCCUCUGUGCGCUCUGAGGGCUCCACUGCCCUGGGGAAGAAGAGCAAGAGGCGGCGCAAGAAGAAGAGGAUUGACGAUGGUGAUGGCUACGAGACCGACCACCAGGACUACUGUGAGGUGUGCCAGCAGGGUGGGGAGAUCAUCCUGUGUGACACCUGCCCGCGGGCCUACCACCUCGUCUGCCUUGACCCAGAGCUGGAGAAGGCUCCCGAGGGCAAGUGGAGCUGUCCCCACUGCGAGAAGGAGGGGAUCCAGUGGGAGCCAAAGGACGACGACGACGAGGAGGAGGAGGGCGGCUGCGAGGAGGAGGAGGACGACCACAUGGAGUUCUGCCGCGUGUGCAAGGACGGCGGCGAGCUGCUCUGCUGCGACGCGUGCCCCUCCUCCUACCACCUGCACUGCCUCAACCCGCCGCUGCCCGAGAUCCCAAACGGUGAAUGGCUCUGCCCGCGCUGUACUUGCCCCCCGCUGAAGGGCAAAGUCCAGCGGAUCCUACACUGGAGGUGGACGGAGCCCCCUGCCCCCUUCAUGGUGGGGCUACCAGGGCCCGACGUGGAGCCUGGUGUCCCCCCACCCAAGCCCCUGGAGGGCAUUCCGGAGAGAGAGUUCUUUGUCAAGUGGGCUGGGCUCUCCUACUGGCACUGCUCCUGGGUGAAAGAGCUACAGCUGGAGUUAUACCACACGGUGAUGUAUCGCAACUACCAAAGAAAGAAUGACAUGGACGAGCCACCACCCUUUGACUACGGCUCCGGUGACGAGGAUGGCAAAAGUGAGAAAAGGAAGAACAAGGACCCUCUCUAUGCCAAGAUGGAGGAGCGCUUCUACCGCUAUGGCAUCAAGCCUGAGUGGAUGAUGAUUCACCGCAUCCUGAACCACAGCUUCGACAAGAAGGGGGACGUGCAUUACCUGAUCAAGUGGAAGGACUUGCCCUAUGACCAGUGUACCUGGGAGAUUGACGACAUUGACAUUCCCUACUAUGACAACCUGAAGCAGGCCUACUGGGGCCACAGGGAGCUGAUGCUGGGUGAGGAUGCCAGGCUGCCCAAGAGGCUGGUCAAGAAAGGCAAGAAGCUCAAGGACGAUAAACAGGAGAAACCGCCAGACACACCCAUUGUGGAUCCCACGGUCAAGUUUGACAAGCAGCCCUGGUACAUUGACUCGACGGGUGGCACGCUGCACCCGUACCAGCUGGAGGGCCUCAACUGGCUGCGCUUCUCCUGGGCCCAGGGCACUGACACCAUCCUGGCUGACGAGAUGGGGCUGGGCAAGACCGUGCAGACCAUUGUCUUCCUCUACUCUCUGUACAAGGAGGGGCACUCCAAGGGGCCCUACCUGGUCAGUGCUCCCCUGUCCACCAUCAUCAAUUGGGAGCGUGAGUUCGAGAUGUGGGCACCCGACUUCUAUGUGGUCACUUACACGGGGGACAAGGAGAGCCGCUCCGUGAUCCGGGAGAAUGAGUUUUCUUUUGAGGACAACGCCAUUCGGAGUGGGAAGAAGGUGUUUCGCAUGAAGAAAGAAGUGCAGAUCAAAUUUCACGUCCUGCUCACCUCCUAUGAGCUCAUCACCAUCGACCAGGCCAUCCUGGGCUCCAUUGAGUGGGCCUGCCUCGUGGUGGACGAGGCCCACCGGCUUAAGAACAACCAGUCCAAGUUCUUCAGAGUCUUAAACAGCUACAAGAUCGAUUACAAGCUGCUGCUGACGGGGACCCCCCUUCAGAACAACCUGGAGGAGCUUUUUCACCUGCUCAACUUCCUGACUCCAGAGAGAUUCAACAAUCUGGAGGGCUUCCUGGAGGAGUUUGCUGAUAUCUCCAAGGAAGACCAGAUCAAGAAGCUGCAUGACCUGCUAGGGCCACACAUGCUGAGGCGGCUCAAGGCUGAUGUCUUCAAGAACAUGCCAGCCAAGACUGAGCUGAUUGUUCGUGUGGAGCUGAGCCAGAUGCAGAAGAAGUACUACAAGUUCAUCCUCACGCGGAACUUCGAGGCACUCAACUCCAAGGGGGGUGGGAACCAGGUGUCGCUGCUCAACAUCAUGAUGGAUCUGAAGAAGUGUUGCAACCACCCCUACCUCUUCCCAGUGGCUGCUGUGGAGGCCCCUGUCCUGCCCAAUGGCUCCUACGAUGGCAGCUCCCUGGUCAAGUCUUCAGGCAAGCUCAUGCUGCUGCAGAAGAUGCUCAAGAAGCUGCGGGACGAAGGGCAUCGUGUGCUCAUCUUCUCCCAGAUGACCAAGAUGCUGGACCUUCUGGAGGACUUCCUGGAGUAUGAGGGCUACAAGUAUGAGCGGAUUGACGGUGGCAUCACGGGGGGCCUCCGGCAAGAGGCGAUCGACAGAUUCAACGCCCCUGGGGCGCAGCAGUUCUGCUUCCUCCUCUCCACCCGGGCGGGUGGCCUGGGCAUCAACCUGGCCACAGCGGACACAGUCAUCAUCUACGACUCGGACUGGAAUCCGCACAAUGACAUCCAGGCCUUCAGCCGUGCCCACCGCAUUGGACAGAACAAGAAGGUGAUGAUCUACCGCUUUGUGACUCGGGCCUCGGUGGAAGAGCGCAUCACGCAGGUGGCCAAGCGCAAGAUGAUGCUCACGCACCUAGUGGUGCGGCCUGGCCUCGGCUCCAAGUCUGGCUCCAUGACCAAGCAGGAGCUGGAUGACAUCCUCAAGUUCGGCACAGAGGAGCUCUUCAAGGACGAUGUGGAGGGCAUGAUGUCUCAGGGCCAGAGGCCUGUCACGCCCAUUCCUGAUGUCCAGUCCUCCAAAGGCGGAGCCCUGGCUGCCAGUGCCAAGAAGAAACAUGGCAGCACCCCGCCAGGUGACAACAAGGACGUGGAGGACAGCAGUGUGAUCCACUAUGACGAUGCGGCCAUCUCCAAGCUGCUGGAUCGAAACCAGGACGCCACGGACGACACGGAGCUGCAGAAUAUGAAUGAGUACCUGAGCUCCUUCAAGGUGGCCCAGUACGUUGUGCGCGAGGAGGACGGCGUGGAGGAGGUGGAGCGGGAGAUCAUCAAGCAGGAAGAGAACGUGGACCCUGAUUACUGGGAGAAGCUGCUGCGCCACCACUAUGAGCAGCAGCAGGAGGACCUGGCCCGCAAUCUGGGCAAGGGCAAGCGCAUUCGCAAGCAGGUCAACUACAACGAUGCCUCCCAGGAGGACCAGGAGUGGCAGGACGAGCUCUCAGAUAACCAGUCUGAAUAUUCCAUUGGCUCUGAGGAUGAGGACGAGGACUUUGAGGAAAGGCCAGAAGGGCAGAGUGGACGGCGACAGUCCAGGAGGCAGCUGAAAAGUGACCGGGACAAGCCCCUGCCACCUCUUCUUGCCCGUGUGGGUGGCAACAUCGAGGUGCUGGGCUUCAAUGCCCGGCAGCGGAAGGCCUUUCUGAACGCCAUCAUGCGCUGGGGCAUGCCCCCCCAGGAUGCCUUCAACUCCCACUGGCUGGUGCGGGACCUCCGAGGGAAGAGCGAGAAGGAGUUUAGAGCCUAUGUGUCCCUCUUCAUGCGGCACCUGUGUGAGCCGGGGGCUGAUGGCGCAGAGACCUUCGCGGACGGUGUGCCCCGGGAGGGCCUCUCGAGGCAGCACGUGCUCACCCGCAUCGGGGUCAUGUCACUAGUUAGGAAGAAGGUUCAGGAGUUUGAGCACGUUAACGGGAAGUACAGCACCCCGGACUUGAUCCCCGAGGGGCCCGAGGGCAAGAAGCCAAGCGAGGUCAUCUCCUCGGACCCCAACACGCCAGUGCCUGCCAGCCCUGCCCACCUCCUGCCGGCUCCACUGGGCCUGCCAGACAAAAUGGAAGCCCAGCUAGGCUACAUGGAUGAGAAGGAGCUGGGGGUGCAGAAACCAAAGAAGCCCCCAGAAAUCCAGGCCCUGCCAACUGCCCUGGACAGAGUGGAGGGCGAGGACAAGCAUGAGAGCUCAGAUGGCAAGGAGCGACUGGAGGAGACGGAGAAGGCCCCGCCAUCCCCAGAGCAGCUGCCAAAAGAAGAAAUGCUUCCUGAGAAGGAGAAAAUUCUGGACAAGCUGGAGCUAAGCUUGAUUCACAGCAGAGGGGAUGGCAAUGAUUUCAGGCCAGAUGACACCAGAGUGGAGGAGAAGGAGCCCAUUGAAACACAGCAAAAUGGUGACAAAGAGGAUGAUGAGGAGGGGAAGAAGGAGGACAAGAAUGGGAAGUUCAAAUUCAUGUUCAACAUUGCAGAUGGGGGCUUCACAGAGCUACACACACUGUGGCAGAAUGAGGAACGUGCUGCUGUGUCCUCGGGGAAAAUCUACGACAUCUGGCACCGGCGUCAUGACUACUGGCUGCUGGCGGGCAUCGUGACGCAUGGCUAUGCCCGCUGGCAGGACAUCCAGAAUGACCCAAGAUAUAUGAUCCUCAACGAGCCCUUCAAGUCCGAGAUCCACAAGGGCAAUUACUUGGAGAUGAAGAACAAGUUUCUGGCCCGUAGGUUCAAGCUACUGGAGCAGGCGCUGGUCAUCGAGGAGCAGCUCCGGAGGGCUGCCUACCUUAAUAUGACCCAGGACCCCAACCACCCAGCCAUGGCCCUCAACGCCCGCCUGGCCGAGGUGGAGUGCCUUGCUGAGAGCCACCAGCAUCUGUCCAAGGAGUCCCUUGCUGGGAACAAGCCAGCUAACGCUGUCCUGCACAAGGUCCUGAACCAGCUGGAGGAGCUGCUAAGCGACAUGAAGGCGGAUGUGACACGCCUCCCGUCCAUGCUGUCCCGAAUCCCCCCUGUGGCCGCCCGCCUCCAGAUGUCAGAGCGUAGCAUCCUGAGCCGCCUGACCAACCGAGCUGGCGACCCCACCAUCCAGCAGGGCGCUUUCGGCAACUCCCAGAUGUACAACAACAACUUUGGGCCCAACUUCCGGGGCCCUGGACCGGGAGGGAUUGUCAACUACAACCAGAUGCCCCUGGGGCCCUAUGUGACCGCUUCUGUCUCUCCCGCAGAUAUCUAGCUGUCCGCGCGAUUUCCCUCUGUUGCAGUGCUCAUUUCCAGCUGAGCCAUGCCUUCCGGGCCACCUGCCCGACCCCCACAGGAGAGAAAAGCUCCCACCUUUUUAGGAGCCAUGCCACCUUGGGACAGAAAGGGAAACUGAGUCAUGCCACCACAUGGGGGACGAGGCCCAGCCUGGCUGGGCUGGAGCCCGGAAGUGCCACCUCAUCAUAUCGCAAGUGUUCCACCCAGCGUCACACCCACACCACACUGGGACGUGCCCCUUGGCCACCUUUGCCAGACAACUUCUUAGAGGAGAUUUCAUUUAUUUGUACAUCUUUUGCACUUUCUUAUUGAAGACUUGAACGAGUCUGUCUUGAUAAAAGUUGAGUGACGUAUGGAGGGAUGUAA